AUGUAUCCGGAGUUUUUCAUCUUAUUCCAAACGCUCACGAAGAACAGAACAGUCAGACGAAUCACGCGAUGGCGAAACACUGACUCUGCAUCCUUCCUCGGUUUUGAUAUGGAGAUGGCUAAACUCACUAACAUCCAAGCCUCAGAGGCUGCACAGAUUGUGGGAAUUGGUGUUGAUGCUAGGGUUGACUCCGAUUUUCCGCGGUCCCUCUCUGAUAUCCACCAGACUUUCACAAUCUCUCGCAUCUUCCCUGAGCGUGCGUCUGCACCAAAUCCCACUUUUGUCGAUAAUGGAGGUCCGAAUGUCACUCAAGAGUACCAGCCCUCGACUGUGGCUAUAGGAACAGAAACUAAUGUUGUUGACUCAGUUUCCUCUGACACCACAAUUGUUGGGACCUCGGCAUCAACCCAAAAUGAAGAUGCUACUGGUGAGAAGGGAAGGAAGAAAGCACGAGUUGACUGA